AUGGAGGAGGACCGGAAUAUCGCACAGGAAGAUCUGGAGAACCUGGAAAACUGGAGGAAUAGAAAUGGGAUGAAAUUUAAUAGUGCAAAGUGCAGAGUCAUGAAUGACUUACCAUCCUGUUCUUUAUCUCCAGGUCCUGAUUAUGAUACAAGCCAAUGGACUAAUGAGAAAGAGAAGCUGGGGCUGGAUUUCCCGAACCUCCCCUAUCUCAUUGACGGCCAGACCAAGCUCACGCAGAGCAAUGCUAUCCUCCGCUACGUAGCGCGCAAACACAAGAUGGCUGGCGAGAGUGAGGAGGAGAUACAGAGAGUGGACAUGCUGGAGAACCAGGUGAUGGAUUUCCGCCUGGCCUUUGCAAGGAUCUGCUACAGCCCUGACUUCGAGAAACUGAAGCCGGAGUACUUGGAGCAGCUGCCCGGGAAGCUGAAGCUGUUCUCCCAGUUCCUGGGGGUCCGGAAGUGGUUUGCUGGAGAGAAGGUAUGUCGCUAG